CCACCCCAUUUCGAAUCACCAGAAACAUGGCACCAGAUACAGAUCAUUCGAACAGCCAGUCGAGCGUCGGUCUUCGGAUGACCUAUAAGGGCGGAGACCAGGAGAACUACAGUAUCUCGGAGGUGGAGAGGGAGGGCAGGCCACAUGGAAUCAAUACCAUGGGACAGAUGGACCGCAACAAAAUCAUGAACGAGCUGCGUGCCGAAGAUACCCAGAGACAAAUCGAUGACCGAUACAAACAUGAACCCGGCUACGCCGCCAUUAUGCAUGGGAAUGAACCCUCCAAAGGCGCCAAGAUCGACGCCAGCAUCGCGCAGGAAGAAGCCGAGAUUGUCGAGAAGAAGAACCAGAAGACGGAUAGCAUUCCGGGGAAGAAGAUGGAGCAUCACAGCUCGAAGAACGAGUGGAAGCAGGGGCUCGAGGGCUGAGCAUAGCAAGAGUGGUGCGAACACCGGCAGACAGGGCGGUAUGGAG